CUCACUCUCACUCUCCUGGUAUUUCCAAAACCCCCAUUUUCAUUUUUUUUAUUUCCCCCUUUUUCCCUUCUUUCCACCUCUCUUGUGCUAUUUUCUUUACAGAGAUAUGCUAAUGGGUGUAGAGACCAUGGGGUGCAUUCACCUCAGAAACCCUAACCGCUUGCUUUCUUCACCAGUCUCAGUGGGGUCUCACCAGAGGUGCUAUGGGGAAUGCCAAAUGAAUAGGGCUUCGAAGAGAGGGGGCCAGGUGCCCAGGGUGAGCUGCCUUUCUUUUGCUCCCAUGGAAUCUGCAAAGAUUAAGGUGGUGGGUGUGGGAGGUGGGGGGAACAAUGCAGUUAACCGAAUGAUCGGCAGUGGACUCCAGGGUGUUGAAUUUUAUGCCAUAAACACAGAUUCACAAGCAUUAGUGAAUUCAGCAGCACAAAAUCCUCUUCAAAUUGGAGAACUCUUGACUCGUGGACUAGGUAUUGGAGGUAAUCCUUUGCUUGGGGAACAAGCAGCUGAGGAAUCAAAAGAAGCCAUUGCUAAUGCUCUCAAGGACUCAGACUUAGUCUUUAUCACUGCUGGCAUGGGUGGGGGUACUGGCUCAGGUGCUGCUCCUGUUGUGGCACAAAUAUCUAAGGAUGCUGGGUAUCUCACUGUUGGCGUUGUUACCUAUCCCUUCAGCUUUGAAGGUCGAAAGAGAUCUCUUCAGGCACUGGAGGCAAUUGAAAAAUUACAGAAAUGUGUUGAUACCCUAAUUGUUAUACCAAAUGAUCGUUUGUUGGAGGUUGUAGAUGAACAAACUCCCCUUCAAGAUGCAUUUCUUUUUGCUGACGAUGUCCUUCGACAAGGGGUGCAAGGGAUUUCAGAUAUUAUUACUAUACCUGGGCUAGUUAAUGUGGAUUUCGCAGAUGUUAAGGCCGUUAUGAAAGAUUCAGGCACUGCCAUGCUUGGAGUGGGUGUGUCUUCUAGUAAGAAUCGUGCUGAAGAGGCAGCCGAGCAAGCAACUUUAGCGCCCCUAAUUGGAUCAUCCAUUGAAUCUGCAACUGGAGUGGUAUAUAAUAUCACCGGGGGGAAGGACAUCACACUCCAAGAAGUAAAUAGAGUGUCUCAGGUGGUCACUAGUUUGGCAGAUCCUUCGGCAAAUAUUAUCUUUGGAGCUGUUGUUGAUGAUCGCUACACUGGUGAAAUUCAUGUCACAAUUAUUGCAACCGGCUUCUCACAAACUUUUCAGAAAAUUCUUCUAACUGACCCCAAGGCAGCCAGAAUAUUGCAAUCCCAAGAAUCAAAGGGCUCUGCACCCCUUAAACCUCCCAACCAAUCCCCCCUUCCCUCCAGGCCUAGAAAGUUAUUCUUCUAGACUUUAUUUUCUCAUGUUCCCUCUCUUCAAUUGUCACUUCUUUUUUCUUAAGGUGGAGUUGCCCUUACAUGUGACCACAAAUCUUUAGCAGAUGUACAAUUGAUUUUUUGUUGAAAUUUCAAAUCCAAAGAAAAUAUUUGAUGACCGAACCAGCCUAUUUUAAUUUCUUCAAGUCGUUUUUCUUUGAUUUAUUAUUUAUCACAGUAAACUAUUGUUAUUAGACAGUAACCAGAACAGAGAAAAUAAAAAUGAUGUUUGUUUGAUUAGGUAGCA